GAAGUUCGCCUUCAAUAAACUGUUUUUAUCAUUUAUUUAGUGUUCUAGCUCCGAUACAAGUCCACAGUCACUGAUUCUACCGCUUACUAGAACCUUUAUACAGAAGCCAUGUCUACUCUUCACUGGAAAGACGAGGAUUUCUAUCACCACCAUCCUUCCUACAAACAGCAAAGAGACGCCUGUAUCAAUAGAGUAAAUUGGGACGCGCUAUGCCGAUACGCCUCAUCGAAAAACUCAGGCCUUCCUUGUGUCCUCCUUGAUAAAAGUACGAUCGGUGGAAUACAUCUCAUAAGGCUUCUGAGCUUUGGGAAAUUUUCAGCUAUAAGAUUUAUCCCCUAAGCUGCAUCUCACAUGUCAACACUUUACCUAAACAGGACUUAAACAUGGAAAAUCCAGAUCCUAAGUAAUGUUACCU